AUGGGUUUCAGUUUGCGUGGUCUUCAAAGGCGUGUGGAUGUCCCAAAGGGCUGUGUAGCAGUGUAUGUGGGAGAAAACCAGAAGAAGCGGUUUGUGAUUCCCAUAUCAUACUUGAACCAACCUUCAUUUCUUGAUUUGCUGAAUCAAUCUGAACAAGAAUUUGGAUUUGAUCAUCCAAUGGGUUGCCUCACAAUUCCUUGCACAGAAGAUGUCUUCCUAGAUGGCAGUGUAGCAGUGUAUGUAGGAGAAAACCAAAAGAAGCGUUUUGUGAUUCCCAUAUCAUACUUGAACCAGCCUUCUUUUCAACAGUUUCUGAGUCAAGCUGAACAAGAAUUUGGAUUUGAUCAUCCAAUGGGUGGCCUCACACUUCCUUGCAGAGAAGAUGUAUUUCAAGAAGUCACUUCUCGCUUGCACAGGCGAUAG